ACAGUGCAAAUGAGAGCGGAAGGAGGCAUUGAGCACAUUAAUAAAGCCAUCGAGAAACUGAGAAAGCGUCACGCAGAGCAUAUUCGUGUCUACGACCCAAACGGUGGCGAGGACAACAAGCGGCGACUCAUAGGUUGUCAGGUGUUCUCCAGCAUAAAUGAUUUCUCACCAGGUGUUGCUAACCGCGGGGCCAGCAUUCGUAUCCCCUAUCGGGUGGCUCAGAACAAAUGUGGCUACUUUGAGGACCGCCGUCCUGCUGCCAACUGUGACCCAUAUGCUGUGACCUGCGCAAUG